CUACGAUGGACGACCCAUUUAUUCAACACUUUCUCGAAAUACGCCUGGGUGGGCGUUACCAAAUUUGUCGACGUAUAGGAUCAGGCUCGUUUGGAAAAGUAUACAUUGGGCGCGAUGUUCCUACGGGUGAUGUGGUGGCUAUCAAACUCGAGCACCGUUCGAUUGCACCAUCACUCCUCCGCCAAGAGAUCGAGAUCUAUGAGGAAUUGAUUGGACAACCCGGCAUCCCUCGAGUGUUCUGGCACGGCUACCACUGUGAUUUCCAGGUGGUGGUGUUUGAACUUCUGGGGCCCAAUCUGGAGGAUCUCUUUCGAUACUGUGACAACAAAUUCUCACUGAAGACGACGUUGAUGCUGAUGGAUCAAUUCCUCCAUCGGGUUGAAAGUCUCCACGCGGCGGGAUAUCUCCAUCGCGACAUCAAGCCUGAAAACUUUCUACUGGGCACCGGUAAGCACGGCAACAUUGUCUACAUGACCGAUUUUGGACUCGCCACAUAUCGGAUGGACUCACACGACCAAGCCAUGAGUUACAAGCCUGCAGCCAGUCCCCGGAUUUCCUUGGUCGGCACCUGCCGCUAUGCCAGUGUCAAUGGCCAUUUGAACAUCGCUCCAUCAUGGCGUGACGACCUUGAGUCGCUGGGGUAUAUGGCCUUGUAUUUUCUUCAUGGGUCCCUUCCCUGGCAAGGUCUGAAGGCCGCGACUCGGCAGGAAAGAUACAGGCUUGUCUUCGAGCGGAAGCAGACGAUCAAGGUAAUUGAACUAUGCCGGGGUCUGCCUGCGGAGUUUACUACCUACAUGAGCUACGUUCGUGGAUUGGGCGGGGAUAAGCCCGAUUACAGGUACCUCCGGAGCUUAUUCGGUCGCCUCUUUCGCCGCAAAGGUUUCGAGUAUGACCAUGUGUUCGAUUGGACGCUUCGAGAAUUUGAAAGGCACUCAAAUAUGAAUCAGCAACGUCCUGUGCCCUGUCCUAACGUUGGGGAGCAAAAGACGCAGCGGGCCCCUGUAGGCAGACGUGACCGAAAGAGGACACGUCGAACACGAGCUAAGGCGAAAGAAUGAUAGUUGGAGUUCUCUGGCAAUGUUUGGAUUUCGGACUUGACAUCUCAUUCGCAGAUAUUAGUGGCCUACCGCUUUGACAGCUAGCCCCAAACUCUUCCCUCUCUUCCUGCCGCCCAAAACCGAGGCUUGGGUGUCUGUUCUUAAGUGCAAGGCAGAUCCAUGGCAAAGUCGCUGGACACCGAUGACCAACCCCCGGCUGCUCUUGUCCAGGGACCGCAGCGGCGGUUAGCGUUGCCUUUCUUUUCCUCUCCCCUUCCCCACCCACCUCCUGCCCAGGGACACAGUCGAAGGCGCACUACAACCCCUGCCGAGUAGUCGGGAUCAAGGCUUCUCUCUAGAACGGGCUGGCCCCUGGAUGAUUUGGGCAGGUCUUGCAAAUCCUCCAAUGCUCUCCAUUGCACCGACCUGACACUUGGCAGCGUUUCCAUUCGACUCGACACCCCGGGCCCCGACACCUUCGGAUUGUAUGUUCGUUAUUGGCAUGGCGACAAGCACGAUUGCCACAGAAUCCAGGUCUGCCAGAACUCGUCGACAUACUAAAAAGACUUAUUUAUUUGAGAGAGAAAUAGUGUUAAGUAACGUACCUUAGGGCUCGGACCUGUUGGCUCUUGCAAUGGAUAUAGAUGCCGUACUUCUGGAGUCUUGACUUUUCCGCAAGGAUGAAAUGAAGGAUAGAAAGAACAGAUUCGAC